AGGGGUAAAUCGACGUGGGACCCCUCCCCAAGAUAUUUCUGGUCGACUUCGCGGUGUGAAGACUUCCCCUUACUCGCCAUUGCACAGACAAAGAUCGUAGCAGAUGAACCUAGUGAACGAACGUUACAUCCAGUCUGUUUAAGUCAGAUUCUUCCAUCGACACAGAACAGUUCCUAUCAUUCGCGCUUGGUGAAAGAGGACAAAAUGAGCAACGAGAACAAUAGCCCCAUACCCCCACCCGCUGCCGCCAUCGCGGCCGACGAGGUCACCGACAUCGACGACAAUUCCUCAUUGAAUGGUGGUAGCAUUGCGCCGUCCACCUCGACAGUCGCGGCGUCAAUUCUCGAGUCUAGACUUGAGAACGGGAGAACGUAUCACAAGUACAAGGAAGGCAAGUACUGGGCUCCCAAUGAUGAGAGAGAGCAAGACAGACUCGACCUUGUGCACAACCUUUACCUCUUGACUUUUGAUUACUAUCUGGGAACUGCGCCGCCGACUCGAGAGGAAUCGAAGGUCGGUCGCGUGCUCGACGUCGGCACGGGCACAGGCCUUUGGGCAAUUGAAUUCGGAGAGGAGCAUGAGGAGGCGGAGGUUACCGGUGUCGACUUGUCGGCUAUCCAGCCAAACUUUGUGCCUCCCAAUGUUAAAUUCGAGAUCGAUGAUAUCGAGGAACCAUGGACUUUCAGUGAUCCUUUCGACUACAUCCACAGCAGAAUGAUGAAGGGCAGUAUUCGCGACUGGAAAAAGUUUCUCCAAAGCAGUUUUGAUAAUCUCACUCCUGGUGGAUAUCUCGAGCUGAACGACAUCGAUUUCUUCCCCAUUUCAGACGAUGACACUAUUCCCAAAGAUAGUCAUCUCAUGAGGGCCUUCAAUCUCUGCUUUGAGGCUCUCGAAAAGAUGGGUUCACCUUUCGAAGAGUACAGCCGCUUCGAGACUAUGCUCGCCGAUGUUGGAUUCGAAGAUAUACAGGUGCAGCGGUUCAAGUGGCCUACGAACCCAUGGCCCAAGGACAAGAAACAUAAGGACCUAGGCGAGUGGAACUUCGAGAACCUAUCGCCCAACUUGGACGGGCUUCUUAUGGCGCCGUUGACACGAGCUCUGGAUAUGAGCCAGCCAGAAGUCCAUGUUCUUGCGAUGGAGGCUCGUAAGGAACUCGCGGACAGAAACAUCCACGCUUACUUCAAUGUGUGGUCGAUUCAUGGACGCAAACCAUCGGCGGACUGAAAUUGCGAGACAUUUAUGGGUUCGGUGUUGCAAUAUCCUUGAAAUUGUUCAACGAAGGGGAGGGGUGAUUUGUUAGUACUUUAGGUUAGCUCACCAAAGUCAAACAUUGUUUGUAGCAUUGAACGAACAUUGAAAACAUGAAUAUCGCUCAAG